GUGGAGCUAUAACAAUAAAGAGGACUGCUGCGAAUAUGCCAACCCACCUGUUCGAAUUAAAGCUUGCCCUGGAAAUUACUAUGUGUAUGAAUUUAUGCAACCAUACUACUACUUUGUGACCUACUGCACAGACGUUGGUGAUAUUGAUUUUAACAGGUUAGCCCCACACCCACCAUUAGUACCAACCCCCCAACCCAUCACUGGCACGACAGCAAGUUUCCCUGCAGGUGUAUUUUAUCCAUUUGGACCAGGGGAUUCAUAUACUCACCGUUAUGAUGAUGACAACACAUAUGUUCCGCUACCACAACCAUUCCGCUAUUUCAGGCAGACGUUUAGUUGGUUAUAUGUUAGCAACAACGGAUUUCUCGCUUUUGAUUAUGGAUGGUAUAGUUGGUCUCCACACCAAUUUCCUGCUUAUGCACAACACUACAACAACAUCAUUGCCCCAUUCUGGACAGACAUUGACAACACCCGCAGAGGCAACAUAUCCUACCAGCAGUAUACCAAUGGCAGUGUUCUCCAGCAAGCCACUACAGACAUUAACCAGUAUUUCCCUGGGUUGAGCUUCUCAGCUUCCUGGGUCUUUGUUGCAACAUGGGACAAAGUGGAAUAUUAUGAGAAGUCAGGAACAGAAACCUCAUUCCAAGUGGUCCUUAUCUCAGGAGGUAACCGUUCAUUCACUCUGAUGAAUUAUGGUGCCAUUGCUUCAACGCGCCAUCUAGUUCAGGUGAGCAGACCACACAUGCAAAAAUCUCACAAAUAA